UUUAACACUCAAGAGACUCUACCUCUUCUCUGUCUCUAUCUCUGUCUCUGUCUCUGUCUGCCUCGAGAGGCUCAGGUGGCAGUGAAACAUCGAAAAAUUGAGGAUUCCUCAGAACAAGAUAGAAUUAUUUGGCAUCUAUCAAAAAGAAAGAAAGAUGGGAGUUUUUGCGGAAAUUUUUGUGCCUGAAAGUCAAUUUCCAUGGAUUACACUGUAAUGCAAAAAAUGGGUUGGUGAUGGAUCUGUUAAUGAUUAUGUUGGUCUGCUGCAUUCUGCAAAAUGGGUCUCAUAUGGAAUUUUAAAUUAACAAUCUUGGUGCUGCUUAUUUUAGUUUAACCAGUUCUGCUGUUGCUGUAAGGAUCAUAUAGUUAAUGUUUUAUUUGUUUCCUGGAAUCUCUGCCAUGAAAACAAAAGCACACUAAUUACAUGCCACAUUUUUGCUGUUAAGUUCAAGGCAUUUGUGCUUGAAAAGAUCAAUUGGAUUGUCCCUGUUGCUAAAAUUGCACCAGGUAAACUGAUUAGGAGUUUGAUGCAAGCAUCACAAAAACUCAGAAGCAGAGGCAUGUCUAGCAGAUUGUACUAUCAGCCAAUGCCAGAAAUUGAGGCCUACUAUAUGCCUCAGUUCCCAACUUUAGACAAGCAACUAUGCUAUGGUGGCAGCAGCCAAGGAAUCCAUUCCUCCAUUCUGAAUUCCUGUGAACACAACUGCACGCAAGAGUCAUCUUUGGCAAAUGGCAGUUUUGCUGUGUAUAACUCUCCAUCAACUCUUAGUUUUUCACCAAAUGGAAGCCCUGUAUCACAGCAAGAGUCUCAGUCAUAUCCAUCUGAUCCGCACCACUCCCCUGACCAUAACUAUGGUUCGCCUAUAAGUGGUUCGUGCAUAACUGAUGAUGUGAAUGACUUCAGGAACAAGUUGAGAGAAUUAGAAACUGUAAUGUUGGGACCUGAUUCUGAUAUUAUUGACAGCAUUGAAAGUACAUUUCAGAAUGGGACAAGCAUUGAGUCGCCAGAAAUGGAAAGCUUGAGACAAAUAGUGGAGGCAAUUUCAAGAGGGGACCUGAAGCAUGUACUUAUUGCCUGUGCAAAAGCAGUGUCAGAUAAUGAUCUUUUAAUGGCACAGUGGUUGAUGGAUGAAUUGCGGCAGAUGGUGUCAGUUUCUGGCGAACCAAUUCAACGAUUGGGAGCAUACAUGUUGGAAGGGCUUGUUGCCCGGCUGGCCUCCUCAGGGAGCUCCAUCUAUAGAGCUUUGAAAUGCAAAGAACCAGCCUGCGAUGAUCUGCUUUCUUACAUGCACAUUCUUUAUGAGGUGUGCCCUUAUUUCAAGUUUGGGUACAUGUCUGCCAAUGGCGCCAUUGCAGAAGCUAUGAAAGAUGAAAACAGGGUUCACAUCAUUGAUUUCCAAAUUGGUCAGGGGAGCCAGUGGAUCACUUUAAUCCAAGCUUUUGCUGCUAGACCUGGUGGCCCACCGCACAUCCGUAUUACUGGCAUUGAUGAUUCUACAUCAGCAUAUGCCCGUGGAGGAGGACUGAAUAUUGUGGGAAAGAGGCUGUCGAAGCUUGCAGAGUUGGUUAAGGUGCCAUUUGAAUUCCAUGCUGCUGCCAUGUCUGGUUGUGAGGUUCAAGUAGAGAACCUUGGUGUUCGGCCAGGGGAGGCUCUAGCUGUGAAUUUUGCAUUUGUGCUUCACCACAUGCCUGAUGAAAGUGUCAGCACCAAGAACCAUAGGGACCGGCUAUUGAGGCUGGUUAAGAGCCUGUCUCCAAAAGUGGUGACCCUUGUUGAGCAGGAAUCUAACACAAAUACUGCUGCAUUCUUCCCUCGGUUCCUUGAGACAUUAGAUUAUUAUAUGGCUAUGUUUGAAUCAAUUGAUGUAACGCUCCCAAGAGAGCAUAAGGAGAGGAUCAAUGUUGAGCAGCACUGCCUGGCAAGGGAUGUUGUUAACAUAAUAGCAUGUGAAGAAACUGAGAGAGUGGAACGACAUGAACUUCUUGGGAAGUGGCGGUCACGGUUCAGAAUGGCAGGUUUUGCUCCUUACCCUUUAAGCUCCUUGGUAAAUGCCACCAUUAAAACUCUUCUAGAGAAUUAUUGUGAUAAAUAUAGGCUUCAAGAGAGAGAUGGAGCUCUAUAUCUUGGUUGGAUGAACAGAGAUUUGGUGGCAUCUUGUGCAUGGAAAUGAAAGCCGAGUAUAAUUUACUCUUACUUCAGCAUGUGUGCAGCCAGCUGAGGCAGAACUUUUAGUACUUCAAUAUUUUCUUUUUCACCCUUUUUGCUCUUUGAGGGAUUUUAGGAGGUAGGUGUUGGCCUCAUCUGUGUAAUUUUCUUCUAAAGUAUGGAAAAUUGACCAUUUUUUUUUCUGAGACCGACAUUUCAAUGCAACCUGUUGCCUUUUUUUCUUU